UAGUACACUUUUUUUGUAUACGCCUGAUAGGGACGGUGUUGCUGUCCAUGCCAUUGAUAUUCCGGCGGUUAUUUCGUAAAAAAUAUAAAAUGACGGCGGAAGAGACAUUAAUAUCACCUCGGAAAGCUCCUUCCGUCACUGAAUUAUAUCAAGAUGGAGCAGUAAACUGGCCGAAAGUGCUGGAAUACCUUAAUUAUCAAGCAGAGGCACUACCACUAAUGACCUCUAUUGCUCGUAUUAUUCAGAUACCACCGGGAAUUGUGCUUUUCAUAUCUACUAUAUCAGUUUUAAUUAUAUUUUCGAUUGGCAAAGGAACCGCCAUGAUAUGUGAUGCUGCCGGUUUGCUCUACCCUGGGUAUAAGACAUACAAAGUCAUUAAGCAUUUUGAUGGUAAUCCAGCAAUUAGGCGUGCUGCAACAGAAGAGUUGAGUGGUGCCAUAGGGAUAGACGGUAGUAAACCUCAGGAGCAGUUAAUGUUCUGGGCCAAAUACUGGGUUGUUUAUUCCUUGGGUUUUGUAUUCAAAUACAUUCUGUUUGCAAUUUUCUUCUGGUUCCCUUUUUUUGAUAUAUUUAAGCUAUGUUUUGCAAUAGCCAUGUUUCAUCCUAAACUGAGGGGAGCUGAGUAUGUAUUCAACUUUGUAGUCUUCCCUAUACUGAUUCAAUAUGAGAAACGCAUUGAUGAUACUUUGGGCUACGUCGAGAGCAAGGUUGGAGAAACGUUCGGACAAUAUGGUCUUGGAGCCGUUAGUGCAGGUCUUAGAUCCCACCUGAUGAAAACUGAAGAUAAAGAUAAGGGUAGUAAGAAAUAAUUCGCCCAUUUCUGGAACUUUAUAUGCUCGAUGUCUCAUUUAUCGCAAUAGUGCAGUGUCAUAACAAGCACUAACUUUCGUUAUUGAGAUUCCUAUACAUGCUGUGCCUAUUAAUACAUUACUCCACUGUAGUAACCCGUGCAAAAGGGGUUCCUACAGCCUUAACCGUUAAAGCCAA